UAAGGGUAUUGGGCCAAAUUCCCGAUUACUCCUCACGCAAAAGCCCAUUUGUAUAGUGCACACGAGAAAUGUGUCAGUUCAUUUUCGUUCAAACCCAAUAGUUAGGGUUUAGGGUUUUAUACUCUCGGUCGCGCCAGGCGUUUAAACCCCGUAAACCCGAUGGUUCCGAUAAACCUAAUCGAUGGCCAUGAGUCCAUUAUUCCGUUAGAAUUUUGAAAAUAAAAGACAAAUUUCCAGAUAAAAAAACUCUCAGAUUUUAGCUAUGGCGGCCUCAAAGUUAACCUCGUGUGCAGCAAUGGCUGCCGCCGUGGCCGCCGUGGCGUCACUGUCCACGCUAUCCGACCGCGCGUACGCCGACAGUUUCUUUCGAUUCCCUCCUUUCUCUUCUUCUACGCCUCCUCCGGUGGACCAAAGCAGCGAUGCCAAAUCGGAAUCCCAAUCCGCUGCAGCUGCUGAAGAGCCGAGAGGGUCGGGGUUCGAUCCUGAAUCGUUGGAAAGAGGCGCCAAAGCUCUCCGGGAAAUCAAUAACUCUUCCUAUUUCAAACAGGUCGUUGAUCUAAUGAGAAAGCAGGAACAAACACGCCUUGCGGAGCUUGCUGCUGAAAAGGCUCAUCAUGAAGCAAUUCAAGCUCAAGCUGAUAUUGAACGGCAGAGGAAAUUGGCUGAGGAUCAAAGAAAUCUAAUACAACAACAAGCACAGGCAAAAGCCCAAAUGCAACGAUAUGAAGAUGAGUUGGCUAGAAAAAGAAUGCAGACAGAUCAUGAAACCCAAAGGCGGCAUAAUGUUGAGUUGGUUAAGAUGCAAGAGGAGUCCUCUACACGUAAAGAACAGGCAAGAAGAGCUACUGAGGAACAAAUCCAAGCUCAGCAGCGCCAGACUGAGAAAGAGAGAGCCGAAAUAGAACGGGAAACCAUAAGAGUUAAGGCCAUGGCAGAGGCUGAAGGUCGGGCCUAUGAAGCAAAAUUGACUGAGGACCACAACAGGAGAAUGCUUGUAGAACGGAUAAAUGGUGAAAGAGAAAAAUGGCUUGCUGCUAUUAAUGCAACUUUUAGUCAUAUAGAAGGAGGUGUUAGAACUUUGCUGACCGAUAGGAAUAAGUUGAUUAUGACUGUUGGAGGAGCCACAGCAUUAGCUGCAGGAGUUUAUACAACUAGAGAAGGUGCUAGAGUUAUAUGGGGGUACAUUAACCGGAUACUAGGGCAGCCAUCACUGAUUCGGGAAUCAUCCAUGUCAAGGUUUCCAGGGUCGGAAAUAGUUUCUAAAGCAAAGAAUAAAGUUUUAAAAUAUAGUACAGGAGCUGUGGCUUCUGGGACUUUGCAAAAUAAAAAUGGUCUUGAAAACAUUGUUCUCCAUCCUUCGUUAAAAAGGAGAAUAGAGCAUCUUGCUCGAGCUACAGCAAACACAAAGACUCACCAGGCGCCCUUUCGUAACAUGCUGUUUUAUGGGCCGCCUGGUACUGGUAAAACUAUGGUUGCAAGGGAAAUUGCUCGAAAAUCGGGAUUGGACUAUGCUAUGCUGACUGGAGGAGAUGUUGCUCCACUGGGUCCUCAGGCUGUUACCAAAAUCCAUCAAAUAUUUGAUUGGGCUAAGAAAUCAAGCAAAGGUUUACUGCUUUUUAUAGACGAGGCAGAUGCUUUCUUAUGCGAACGUAAUAGCAUACAUAUGAGUGAAGCUCAGCGAAGUGCUCUCAAUGCACUGCUCUUUCGAACGGGAGACCAAUCCAGAGACAUCGUUCUAGUCCUUGCCACGAACAGGCCAGGUGAUCUUGACAUUGCUGUCACUGACCGUAUAGACGAAGUGAUCGAGUUCCCACUUCCAGGAGAAGAGGAACGCUUUCAACUACUAAAGCUCUAUUUGAACAAGUACCUGUGUGGUAAUGGUGGCAAAACGCCUAGUAAAUGGGGCCAUUUGUUUAAGCAAACGACACAGAAAAUAACCAUCAAGGAUAUGUCUGAUGAUAUGAUCCGAGAAGCUGCACGCAAGACCGAAGGUUUCUCUGGUCGUGAAAUAGCAAAACUCAUGGCCGGUGUCCAAGCAGCUGUAUAUGGGCGACCAGACUGUGUUUUAGAUUCCCACUUGUUUCGUGAGAUUGUAGAUUACAAAGUUGCCGAGCACCAUCAGCGAAUUCAACUAGCAGCUGAAGGUGGUCAGCUCCAGUUUAGCUAGAAGAGAAUUUUGUUGCCCCUCUCUCAUUCAAUUGUGGCCCCAAAAAAUAGUUAUUUUUGUUUUAAUUAAAUACUUUUUUUUUAUAAAUAAAUAUUAAUUAAUGUAUUUUAUGAUUUUUUUCC